AUGGACCUCUUCCAAAUAAAUAUAUGUUUUAAUCACCAUAGCUUUCACAAUCGCCACCAUUACCAUCCAUAUAAUCAUUUACAAUCAAAUAAAAAUUACAAUCACAUAGAAAAUAAUAGUCUUAAUACUAAUGAGAGUUAUUUUUCAAAUAGUUAUAAUUUAAAUUUAUUACAAAAUAUUGAAUUAAACAAUAUUAAUAACAACAAUAAUAACAAUGAAUAUAAAAAAAAUAAUAUUACUAUAAAUGAUAAAAAUAAUAAAAACAAUAAUAAUAUUAAUAGUAAUAAUAGCAAUGAAUCAGAUGAUAAUAAAGAUUUUGUAUUUGUCCAUUUAAAUAAAGUUAAAAAAACUAGAUCAAAAAAAACUAGAGAGCACAAAGAAGAAUUAGAACUUUGCUUUAAAAAGAAUCCAUUUCCAGAUGCCAUUGAAAAAGAGAUUAUUGCUUACCAACUUGAUAUGUCUGUAGAUCAAAUCAUUACAUGGUUCAAACAUAAAAGAGAGAGUUUAAAAAAGGCAAAUAAUUUAGAAUAUAAAGAGAAAUGUAUCAAGAAAUUUACAAAAACCACCAAAGAGCUGAACUAUUUCUUCUACAACUCUCCGUUCCCAUCAAACGAAAACAUAGAAUAUUUUGCUUUUAACUAUGGUGUUCCUGAAGAUAAAAUCCAAAUUUGGUUUAAAUCAAAGAGACACAGUUUAAGAGAAACCCAUGUAUUUUUAAAUAACAAAGCAAUCGAUAAGAAAUCAUUAUUAGAUAAUAAUUUAAAUAUUAGUGAAAUAGACAACAAUGUAGAUAAGAUCAAUUUAAAUGAAAGCUUAAUUUCAUUUGACUUUAAUGAUAACAAAAGAAAAAUCAAAUCCAUUAACAUCAACAACAAUAGUUACCAAAUUAGCACAUUUGAUAGCACUGUAUAUAAAAUCAAUAUUUCAGAUUAUAGAAACCAUAAUAAAACUUAUAACAAAACCAACAACAACAACAACAACAAUAGUGAUCAAGAUAACAAAACUCCUAGUAACGAUAACCAUAGCGGUCUUUGCAAAAAUAACUCAUGUUGUCCAUCACCAACUCUUUUAGAAAACAAUAAACUUUCAAUAAAUUUUAUAAAUAACUAA